UGUCUUUGACCCGUUAUGAAUAUCUGAGUGUACGCUCCUUCUACUUCUCUAUCUUUAUCUUGACCGUCGCUUCUUUUCCUGUACCCUCCUUUCCGGCCUUCUGCCUCUACAGUUUGUUCUGUAGCCUUGCACACCUUCAUCUCCAUUUUGUUCUCUUGGUGAGAGUAACUUUCUUGCUAGGAACAUUUCCCAUUUAGUUUCCUACGGAACAUUGGUCGAUUUGGAGACAAUCUUCGGUUUUGAGUGGUAAUUCCCCACAAGUCUUUCAUCGGUCCAUGGGCAGACAUUGGUUUCAACAAGUUUGAUCCCGAUUGUCUUAGUUGCCAUGCCUAGUCGCCCACAAAGAUUGAACAAGAAGAGAUUGCUACUGCCCAAGUCGCAAGUGGCUGAGAAUCCGAAUGUUGCAAAGAAUUUGAAUGUUGCAAAGAAUCCAAAACCAUUCCUACCAGUGGAAGAUUCGUCCAAGAACAAGUCAUCCAACAAGCAAGAAGACAUACUCCGGGCGAUCGGGGAUCAGCCUGUCACUGAGCGACAAAUCUUGUCAGCUGUUGGCGACAAUCGAUACACGCGAGAGAUUCUAAGGCGCUUGAUGGCACUAUCUGUGGUGGAGAGGAUGGGAAAGGGAGGGUCCAGCGAACCUUUCUUGUACAAGGUCGUCAGAUCUCCCUCUGAAGCACUGCGAGAGGGGUUGAAGGAUCCAGUGGUGGAGAUGCGGCUGAAGAGAGUAGAGGACAGGAUCAUCAGCUUCUUCAAGCUCCACCAGGAGCUCGUCACAGAGAAAGUCAUCCGCUCCUUCAUUGGCGAUAACACUGGGACAGGCAAGGCGCUUCGCCGGUUGGUUAGCUCCAGGAGGAUACAUCGGAUCGGCAAGGGAGGGGCAGGAAACCCCUUCCUGUAUCGACUGAACGUCUUGGACGAGAGCGGAACGGAGGAGCAAGUUUCAGAGGACGAGGACAGCGAGGGGCUUGUGGUUGCGAAGGAUCAGGACAUGUCGGACAGAAGUACCGUCGCCUCCACGUGCUGCUCAGAUAUGGAGGAGCAGGAGGUAGGAGGAGGGUCUUACAAGGAAGUCGAAGGAGGAGCAGCAGCCGGGAGUCAGGGCAGAUUCUGCUUUCCGGAAGGGGAGGGCGAAAGGGAACAGUUUGGCAAGUUGUUUUCAUCUACAGAUGCGUGCAGCGAGCUUGAUGGACUUGAAGACGACUCGUUGGAUCUUGACGAUGGUGCUAUCAACUAUCCUGUCUGCUUGCAAGCGAAGGCGCUGAAGGAGGAUGAUAUCGUCCUGCCCGAGAUGAAGGGUGGAGGGGACAGCACCGAUCUGCUCCAGUCGUUCCUUGAAUGACACCGGCUCGUGUCCUGGUCGUAUGUGGAGAACGGUCGAUCAGUGUGAAGACGCCGCAGGAUGUGUUGAAUGUUUAAUUUUUCACCUUGUUAUGUUUAAGUUGUUAUGCAAUGUAUGUCUGCUAUUCCAUC